ACCACCUACUCCUGCGUUGCCGUCUGGGAGGGCGAGCGUGUUGAGAUUAUCGCUAACGAGCAGGGUAACCGUACUACUCCUUCGUACGUUGCCUUCUCCGAGCAGGAGCGUCUCAUCGGUGAUGCCGCCAAGAACCAGGCUGCCAUGAACCCCACCAACACCGUUUUCGAUGCCAAGCGUCUCAUCGGUCGCCGCUUCGAUGAUCCCGAGGUUAAGGCUGAUAUGAAGCACUGGCCCUUCACCGUCAUCGAUAAGGACACUGCUCCUUUCAUCCAGGUCGAUUACCAGGGCGAGAAGAAGGAGUUCUCUCCCCAGGAGAUCUCUGCUAUGGUCUUGGUCAAGAUGAAGGAGAUCGCUGAGGCCAAGCUCGGCAAGACCGUCACCAAGGCUGUCAUCACCGUCCCCGCCUACUUCAACGAUGCUCAGCGUCACGCCACCAAGGAUGCUGGUGCCAUCGCCGGUCUUGAUGUCCUCCGUAUCAUCAACGAGCCCACUGCUGCUGCCAUUGCUUACGGUUUGGACUCGAAGGAGACCAAGGAGAAGAACGUCCUCAUUUUCGAUCUCGGUGGUGGAACGUUCGAUGUUUCCCUCUUGUCCAUCACUGGAGGUGUCUUCGCCGUCAAGGCCACUGCUGGUGACACCCACUUGGGAGGUGAGGAUUUCGAUAACACUCUCUUGGAGCACUUCAAGGAGGAGUUCAAGCGCAAGCACAAGAAGGACAUCUCUGGUGAUGCCCGUGCCACCCGCCGUCUCCGCACUGCUUGCGAGCGUGCUAAGCGCACCUUGUCCUCAUUGGCCCAGACCACGAUCGAGGUUGACUCUCUCUUCGAGGGUGUUGACUUCCAGGCCAACAUCACCCGUGCCCGUUUCGAGGAGCUCAACUCUACUCACUUCAACAACACCAUCGAGCCCGUCAAGAAGGUUCUCAAGGAUGCCAAGUACACCAAGAAGGAGGUCGAUGAGAUCGUCCUUGUCGGUGGUUCCACCCGUAUCCCCAAGAUCCAGUCUCUUCUCCAGGAGUUCUUUGAUGGAAAGGAGUUGAACAAGUCGAUCAACCCUGAUGAGGCCGUUGCCUAUGGUGCUGCCGUCCAGGCCGCUGUCUUGACCAACCAGGCCGGUAAUGCCAAGACCCAGGAUCUUUUGCUCUUGGAUGUUGUCCCUCUCUCACUCGGAGUUGAGAUGCAGGGUGGUGUCAUGGCUGUUGUCGUUCCCCGUAACACUGCUAUCCCCACCAUCAAGAAGAAGACCUUCACCACCACUGAGGAUGGUCAGACUACUGUCCAGUUCCCAGUCUAUGAGGGUGAGCGUCCCAUGACCCGUGAUAACAACUUGCUUGGCAAGUUCGAGCUCUCUGGCAUUGCCCCUAUGCCCCGUGGUACCCCCGAGCUCGAGUGUACCUUUGAGUUGGAUGCCAACGGUAUUCUUAAAGUCACUGCUAUGGACAAGGCCACUGGUCGCAAGGCCAACAUUACCAUCACCAACGGAGCUGGUCGUCUCUCUGCUGCAGAUAUCGAGCGUAUGGUCUCUGAGGCCGAGAAGUUCAAGGAUGAGGACCGCAAGAACGAGGAGAUUGUUCAGUCCAAGCAGGACCUCGAGUCGUAUGUGUACCAGAUCCAGGGCACUCUCAAUGAACCCAAUGUUUCCAUGAAGCUCAAGCGUGCAGACAAGAGGGCCGUUGAGGAGGCUCUUGAGGAGGCCAUGGCUGCCCUUCAGAUUGAAGAGCUCGCUGAGAAGGAUACCUUCGUUCUCGCCCAGCGCAAGCUCAAGCGUUCCGUCACCAAGGCCUUUGCUUCUCUCUCUCGUUAA